UUCUUGUCUAUUGACAGGAAAGUAUUGUUCUUUGUUUUAGCCGUCUUGUUCAUUGUUUAUGUCGAUAAGUUUACCUACUUCAUUUCUCACCUCAAUGUUGACUUUUUAGGUAUAUAAUAAGUCAAUGUCAAUUUCUAUUUACUAAUAAAAUAAGAUAUUGGCAAAUCCUUCAGAGAGCCAAAGUAAAAGAAGAAGAAGUACUAAUAAAAUAUUCGGAAUCCGAAAUUAAAAAUCUGUUUUCCACGUGACAUUAAAAAAGUAUAAUACAUAGUGCACGUAUGGUAUCGUACAUUAAUAAAAAACCUAAAAGUUACUAAGUGAUGGAAUAAUUAAUCAAAUUGACGUUGUUAUUAUUAAUUUUUACCAGGUUUUUACUGUCAUAAUGUAUACUUUUUAUAAAUAGAUAGUCGUAGUAGUAAACGAAGUACAAACAAAGAAACAGCACCAAUAGCAAAAGAUUUGACGUUAUUGGUUAUUUAUAAGGAAAACAAUAAAAAUGGAAACUAUAAAGCCGUAUGCCGCGUUUUUAACCAAUUAUGAAGUUAUGCAGGUUUUACAGCAGUUGAAAGAUAACACACACAAGCAGCAGAAACGGGAAGGAUCAUUGGCUACUGUUACAUAUGAGACUGUACAUUAUUUGCAAGAUACAGAAUGUAAAAAUCAAAGUGCAGAAACUAUACAAAAGUUUUUAGAAGCUAUGAAAUGUUUCAAAUUGACAAAAGCUGAGAAGUUAAUGAUGGUAAACACACCGCCUAGAGCUGAGCUGGAUAUACAAUUGAUUGUUCAAGAAAGUGAAGAAAGAUUGUCUGAAGAAGAUGUCAACAAAAUCAUUGACAUUUCAAAUAUUUUUUUUCCGCCUUCUUCGUGAUUGUAUUCCGUUACAUUUUUAUAUAAUUAUAAUUAGAUUAAAAACAAUAUAAGACCUUAUUUAACAGAAUAUUUCUUUUAUUAAGAAAAGUAUUAUGUAAUGGUAAAGACAUCUACACUUUAAGACAAUUCAAAAAUAUAUAUUUAUCUAAUGUUA